GGUAUAAUUACGGGAAAAUAUUUAAACCAGAGAAAUACAGUAUAGAAGGAAAAAUACGGGAUAAUCCCGGGAAAAACGGGAGGGUUGACAAGUAUGAUACACAGACAUGGUUCUGCGUGAAGCUGCAGUGUGUUCAGUUCACCUGCAGGAGGCAGCAGCACUCUGCUGCACCGAUAAGGAAGAGAAGAACAAGAAGAAGAACAAGAAGGAAGAGAAGAAGAAGGAGAAGAAGUAAACCCGGAAAAGAACCACUAACUCGCAGCAGCAGCAGAUUAUCAACAGAUUUACUGCCCGCAGGAGCUGCUCCUCCAACAUGGCUGACCUCUGGCAGGACGCCAUGGACCACGCUGUCAACGCCGCACGCAGCGCGGGAGAGGUGGUGCAAGAGGCUCUGCAGGAAGACAGGACGGUGAUGACGAAGAGUUCCUCCGUUGAUUUGGUGACGCAGACCGACCUGAAGGUGGAGAAACUCAUCAUCCAAUCAGUGAAGGAGAAAUUCCCCACGCACAGGUUCAUCGGGGAGGAGUCUGUGGCUGCAGGUGAAGCUUGUGUCCUGACUGACAGCCCCACCUGGAUCAUCGACCCCAUCGACGGGACCACCAACUUCGUCCACGCAUUUCCUUUUGUUGCCGUUUCCAUCGGCUUUGCUGUCAACAAACAGAUGGAGUUCGGUGUGGUCUACAGUUGUCUUGAAGAUAAGAUGUACACAGCGAGGAGGGGCAAGGGAGCCUUUUGUAACGGAGAGCCACUGCAGGUUUCGGGGCAGGAAGACAUUCAACAGGCCAUCAUCGCCACAGAGUUCGGAUCCAACAGAGACCCUGAAGUUGUAGAGAAAAUCUUCUCGAGCCUGAGGAGCAUCCUCUGCAUCCCUGUCCACGGGGUGCGCGGUGCAGGAACUGCAGCCAUCAACAUGUGUCUGGUGGCGUCCGGCUGCGUUGAAGCGUAUUAUGAGAUCGGGAUCCACGUUUGGGACGUCGCUGCUGGCUCGCUGAUGGUGUCGGAAGCCGGAGGAGUGCUGAUGGACGUGGAGGGAGGAGCCGUGGACCUGAUGUCCAGAAGAAUAGUAGCUGCCAACAGCAAAGCCGUCGCUCAGAGGGUGGUCGCAGAGAUCGACAGCUUCAGCCCGUGCAGAGACGACGCUCCACUGCCGCUCUGAACAAGUGCAUUGCAUUGUGGGUUAAACAGAUCUUAUGUGUUUGUGAUGAAUAAAGUUUGUCAUUAAAACAAAGA